AAAUCAGCGAACAGAAUAAAUUAAGACUUGAGAUAACAUAACACGGAAAACACAGGGACGCGUUUUCGCAAUCUUUCUAGAUCGUGCUAAUAAUCAAAGGAACUAAAGAGGCCAAACUGGUUCUUUUUAAAGUUUGUACAGAAUCAAAACAGAGCGUAAACGAAGGUCAUGAACAACUCCACUCACAUCUGCCUCAACGGUGAAUACUCGUCCUGUCCAAAUGAAAUUUAUAUAUUCUUCACAACGGCAAUGGCCAUAAUCAGCUCAGCAGCUUGCAUUGGAAACAUUCUGGUGAUCAUCUCAGUGUACAAAACACCAAUCCUAAGAACGAGUACAAACUACUACUUUGUCAACAUGGCGGUUUCCGAUUUUCUAGUCAGUCUUACCACCUGGCCCUUGUACCUUACUGACGAGAUCAGAGGGAGUCUACUCCAGGGUUUGAAGGGUCCCAGUGGAACUUUUGGUUGCAAAGUAGGAUCGUAUUUCAGACUGGUGUCGCAAAUAGUAUCCAUUUUGAGCCUGGUGUUGAUCGCUGUCGACAGAUUCAUCGCCACUGUAUUUCCCUUAAAAGCAGCUACGCUGAUUACACCGAAAGUAAGAGCAGUUUUCUUGCUUGCUACGUGGGUGAUACCAUUAGCCAAUUGUACCCCUAUUUUCUACUUUUACGGAAUCUCGGAAGUCGGCCAGAAGACAUUCUGCUUAUAUGCUGGCAAUAGUUUGGGAAUGCAGAUAGGAUUCACAUCCGGGGUGAUUAUGUACAACUUUGCACCUCUGGUUGUGAUUAUAAUUCUUUAUUCUCGUAUUAUGAACGCUUUAAGAAGAAGAACUCAACCAGGUUGCAGCGCAAUAGGAAAUGACUUGCAACGAAAAAGAUGCGAACCACUAUCAGGUUCUCAGGCAGGCAGGCAGGAUGCUAACGUUGGUUUAGACGACGGCGAAUGGGAUCACAUCUGCUUUACGUGGAGGGACAGAAACGGAGAUUAUGAGUUCUACAAAGAUGGGGUGUCCGUGGGCAGGGGUACAGGCAUGAAUGUGGGCGGCAAGAUUAGAUCUGUUGGUACCACCGUGAUUGGACAGGACCAAGACGAAGUUGGAGGAGUCUCUGUGGCAUCGCAGGCCUUCGUCGGAGACGUGACAGAAGUGAAUGUAAGGGGCGCUGCUCUCUCUGAGAGUGAUAUUGUUGCCAAGGCCAGCAACUGCCACAUCACUCAAGGCUCAGAGCGCAUUUUUUGCACUAUCUUUAGUUUGUAUUUACCAUCAAGGAAAGAAACCAAAGAGAACAUAACACAACCGUGUUCAAUUAAGUUCAGGAAGGUUGACUCCACUCACACGGAUGCCAGUGGACAUUCAACGUGCUCGGACGCUGUUUCUAUUUUCUUCACAACCGUCAUGUCGGUCAUCAGCUUAGCAGCUUUCACUGGUAACAUCCUAGUGAUCAUUGCAGUGUACAAAACACCAAGGCUUAGAACAAGCACCAACUACUACUAUGUCAACAUGGCGGUUUCCGAUAUUCUUGCAAGUCUUACGAGCUGGCCGUUGUACCUUAUUGAAGAGAUGGUGGCAAGGAAUGGAAGCCUGAUCCAAAAUCCUCUGGCAACUAUUGGUUGUAAAGUAGGAUCGUAUUUUAGAAUGUUGUCACUUACAGUAUCUAUUCUAAGCCUCCUGUUAAUCGCUGUCGACAGAUUCAUCGCCACUGUAUUUCCCUUAAAAGCCACGCUCGUUAAGCUAAGAGUGAAAGCAGCUUUACUGUUUGCAACGUGGUUGAUAUCAAUAACGCAAUGCAUUCUUAUAUUCCAUGCUUCCAGACUAGCAGAAAUCGGUCCCCAGAUAAUUUUUUGCACAGUUAGAUGGGAUAGUUUGGCGUUGAUGAGUUUCUUCAUAGGCUCGGUGGUCAUGUAUAACUUUACUCCAUUGAUUGUAAUCGUCAUUACUUAUUCUUGCAUUAUGCGCACCUUAAAAAGAAGACAGCAAGCGCAAGUGAGCAAGGUAAGUUCCUCACAACAAAACAGAAACAAGGAGAACCAGAACGUAUUGAAGAUAUUUAGAUCAAUUGUUGUAGCGUUCUUUGUUUGUUUUUGUCUUUUUGGCUUACAUCUUAUUUUACUGGUCACUUUACACGAAUUUCACGCAAUAGACGAGUGCAGGAUCAUUCGCGGAUUUUUGCACUUUGUGUUACCAUCGCUUAGUACAGCUAUCAAUCCCGUCAUUUUAUUUUCAUUUAGUACUAAUUUUCGUAACGCUCUGGAAAGGCUGUGCCAUUUUUCUCUUGGGAGAUGCCGUUCGUGUUGUUAUGUUUCAGUAAAUCGAGAAAACGUUUCCUUACCAGAAUUGGUGGAAUAUAGACAAACCUAAUGUCAAUAAUGUAACAUGAAAAAUUACAGAAUUUGAAAUAUAUAUAGAAAUAUGGAAUGCAAUAUGCGAAUAACAGAAUAUAAGAAGACAAUAAAAAUUCCGACAUUUGAUGAAGAUUUGUAACUAGCUUAGAUGAAAAGAAAUACUAUUUCUUUUAUGCCUUUGUCCAUUUUCCAUUUCUGUAUUUUCAGCGAAAGAUUUGUAAAUAGUGUAAACAAUAAAAAUCUGAAUCUGAAUAUGUUUAAAUUUAUGUCACUGUGAGAUAUUCAGAGAGUUUCCUCAAAGGUUUAUUAUGUUCAGUCUUUAUUUAUCAUCAUUUCCCAUUCCCAUUAUA